AUGACAAACCAAGUUAAUAGUUCCGAUGCGAUUUCAUCGUCAGAUUCUACCGACAUCGCAAUUCCUCGUGCUGGUCGCUUUUGGCUUGUUCUUAUAUUUGAAAUUCCAUCCGUUAUAUGUUCGAUCUUCAUUCUCUAUCAUUUUCUUGCUUGUCGAUCACUACGCCGAGCUCUAUAUAAUCAUGUUUUUAUUGCCAUAGUUCUCAUCAAUCUUAUCGUUGAACUAACCGACGUUCCAUGGACUCUCAAAUUUUAUCAAUCGAGUACUGUGCGGUCUGUUGCGCACAGCCUUUGCAUUGCUUGGGUUUAUGCUAAUGAAGGACUAUAUAUCACCAUAACGUUACUCGUUGCUUGGGCUACUGUCGAACGGCAUAUUCUCAUCUUUCAUAACCAAUGGAUAACAACGAAAAAACAGAUCAUUCUGAUCCAUGUGCUCCCAUUGGUCAUAAUUUUAGUCUAUGGUUUUGGGUAUAAUUUUAUCAUGAUUGUUUUUCCACCCUGUCAAAAUACAUUUGACUAUACUCAAAUAAGGUGUGGUGACCCACUUUGCAUUUACGGCAGUCAAGUAGCGAGUUUGUGGGAUGUGAUAAUUCAUGAUCUUACACCAGCAAUCAUUAUCAUCUUCUUUAGUCUUGCUCUUCUUGUUCGUGUUGUGAGAAAAAAACGUAGCAUGCAUCGACCAAUGCAUUGGCAUAAACAUCGCAAGAUGACAAUACAAUUAUUGUCCAUUUCACUUCUUUACCUGAUUAUAUAUAUUCCGUUCUUGUUAUUGGAAUUCAUACACAGCUGUGGUGUUUCAGAAGAAUUUGGUGCCGACUUUGUCUUGUAUGGAAAUUUCUUCGCAUGUUUUGGGAAUCUUCUAUUACCAUUCGUAUGUGCCGGAUCAUUGCCUGAGCUGGUAAAAAAAAUCAGACCCACAGUACCAUGUUGGCGAUGUCAAGGACGCAUUAGUCCUCUUGAAUCUUAUAGCAUGGCACAGACGACUGGUCGUAAAGUAAUUCGAUUACCAGUCAUUGUUAAACAAUGA